AUGGUGUCUGUUCGCUCUGCUGCCAUCGCACUCUUUGCCGCCUCAGUCACUGCGCAAAAGCUUCAACCCUGGGAUCAAAAGAACUUUGGUUACUCAGGCGCCCAAUCAGAUUUCAACGUCAGCACAUACUACGAGGUAAACCUGGAACCUUGGCCGCGUGUCUCUCUCCUCUUCAAUCACCUACGCACAUACAGCGGUCUUUACGUCCAGUCCUCUGGAGAUUUCGUCACCGACUACGAAGUAAACGCUCACGGCGUCGGAGGCGCGAUUGUAGCCUCCUACAAGGUGUGCGGCGCCAAGGGCAACUUUACCUACGUCCCCUUUAUCAACUCAGAAGGUACAACGGGCGUGUUGACAAAUACCAUCAUGCUUGAUGCCAGGGCAUCUAAGAAUGGGGCGAAGACUGCGAGAAUCAAUGAGAUUUAUCCCAUAUACCCUGGCGAUGUAGUCUUCAGCCCCAACAACACCUCGCCCUGCCUAUAG